UCUCGCCAUGGAUCCCAACUGCUCCUGUGCCGCAGGUGGAUCCUGCACGUGUACCGGCUCCUGCAAAUGCAAAGAGUGUAAAUGCACCUCCUGCAAGAAGAGCUGCUGCUCCUGCUGCUCCUGCUGCCCCGUGAGCUAUGCCAAGUGUGCCCAGGGCUGCGUCUGCAAAGGGGCCUCAGACGAGGGCAGCUGCUGCGCCUGA